AUGCAUCUCCUGCGUACUCUACCCCUGUUCGCUUCCUUGGCCGCCUCUGCUACUGCUUCAGUAGCUUUUAAACGUCAAGCCUCCUCAACAUCUUCUGCUGCUGCCUCUGGCACAACUUUGACUCCAGAUGAUCCUGAUCCAGAGUGUACCAACACUGCUAGCAGCCGUCAAUGCUGGGGCGAUGGAUUCUCUAUUGCGACCGACUUUGACCAGAAGUUUCCUGACACGGGUAAAACCGUCUCAUACACAUUGGACAUCACAAACACAACUCUCGAUCCGGAUGGCACAGGUGAACGUAUGGUCAUGUUGAUCAACGAUCAGUACCCAGGACCUGUCAUCAGAGCUAGCUGGGGAGAUUGGCUCGAGGUCACUGUGAACAACCACUUGCCCGACAACGGAACAGGCAUUCACUGGCACGGGAUAAGACAGUAUGAGACUUGCGAUCAAGACGGUGUCCCAGGAAUAACCGAGUACCCUAUUGCUCCAGGAUCAUCUCGCACUUAUAGGUUCCAUUGUACGCAGUAUGGUACAAGUUGGUAUCACAGCCAUUGGAGUGUUCAGUAUGGUGUAGGAGUUCUUGGUCCUAUUGUGAUCGAUGGCCCUGCUACAUGGAACUACGAUGAAGAUCUUGGCCCCUUCGCGUUGACGGACUGGUAUGAUGAAACUGCCUUCUACAACAACCCUUUGUCACGCAUCGCACCUCCCCAGGCUUACACUGGUCUCGUGAACGGCAUGAAUGUCAGCCCUGACGGGACCAAGGGCAAGUACUUCAAUGCUACAUUACAAUCUGGCAAGACAUACCGUCUGCGACUCAUCAACACUUCUGUGGAUAGCGCCUUCAUGGUUUCUAUCGAUGGUCACCCCUUCACAGUCAUCACUAAUGACUUUGUUCCCAUCAUGCCUUAUACAGCGGAACGUGUUUUCGUAGGCAUUGGUCAAAGACUUGAUGUUAUCAUCGAAGCGAAUCAAACAGCAGGCAACUACUGGUUCCGGGCAGAUGUCCCAACUGGGUCUGUGAUUGGGCAAUGCGGCAGCAACAAGAACCCCAAUGGUAUCAGGGCAAUCAUUCACUACAGCAACUCAACGUUCGCCAAUCCUGACAGCACUGCCUGGGACACAACUGGAGAUAAUGCAGAUCGAUGCACAGACGAAUCCUACAACUCGAACAAACUUGAGCCCUACUGGGACAGUUUCGUGCCUGACAAUGCCUUGACGGCAAAUCCUGCAUUGUUGAGUGUACAAGCUGAUCAGGCUGGUGUCACAUCUGACAACAAGACUAUCUUCAGAUGGGCUAUUAACACCACUGCACUAAAUGUGGAUUGGAACAAGCCAAUCCUUGAAUAUGUCCAGGAGAAGAACACAAGCUAUCCAGUAUCAGAGAAUCUGAUCAAUGUGCCGGAUACUCCCUGGACGUAUUGGGUGUUGCAAGAGAUCAAAAAUCCGCAAGGAGUUGCCAUACCUAUUCCCCAUCCAAUUCACCUCCAUGGGCAUGACUUUUAUGUGUUGGGCGCUAAAGAGAACAGCAACUACACCAACGACCAAGCGAGCGAGCUGAACUUCAGAAACCCUCCUCGCCGCGAUACCGCGAUGUUGCCAGCUGGUGGAUGGUUGGUUCUUGCUUUUGAGACGAACAACCCUGGUGCUUGGAUCAUGCACUGCCAUAUUGCAUGGCAUGUCGCCGACGGUUUGGCCACACAAUUCCUCGAAACACCUGACCAGAUCCAGCUCGACUCUUCCUUCAACGAUAUUUGCGAAGCAUGGCGCGAUUUCUACCCCAAAGAAUCCUACUGGAAGAAGGACGACUCUGGUGUCUAA